GCAGGCGCCUGUCAUUUCUGCACCCUUUCCUGCUGACACACACACACACACACACAUUGGGAUUGAUUUAGAUAAGAGACUUUAGAGCUAGAAAAACAUGUUUGGUAGCUGCUGGUGGCCUGUGAGCUAAUGGUUUGCGGGGCAGGAGGAGUCAUGCUCGGGUCAAAGUAGAAACGCCGUUUUGUGUUUCAUUUAUUUGGAAGGAAAACAUGGCACAGAUGUUUUCCCGCUUGAAUAUGCUGGGAAUCGGGUGGAGAAGCGUCAGAUUCAGCAGGAAAGUCACUAAUGCAGCUGUUUCUGCGCAGACGCAGCGCCGCUACAGCACAGAUGUGGCUGAGCAGAACCGCCACUUGUUUGGUCUUCUGUUUGACAUUGACGGAGUGCUGGUUCGAGGACGGACACCAAUCCCGGCAGCUAAACAGUGUUUCAGGAACCUGGUGGACGGCGAUGGGAAAUACAAGGUUCCUGUGGUGUUUGUGACGAACGCAGGCAACGCUCUCCGUCAGACCAAAGCCGAGCAGCUGUCUCACCUUCUGGAGGUUGAGGUGUCGCCGGAGCAGGUGGUGCUGUCUCAUAGUCCUCUGCGGGUUUUCACUCAGUUCCAUGAGAUGUGUGUUCUGGUGUCCGGACAGGGACUUGUGGUGGAAGUUGCACACAACGUAGGUUUCAAGAACGUGGUGACCAUCGACAUGCUGAGAGAGGCGUAUCCUCUGCUGGACGUGGUCGACCACCAUCGCAGACCCAAAGACACGAUUCCUCCAACUAAAGAUUUGCCACAAAUAGACGCUGUCAUCCUGUUCGGUGAGCCUAUCAGGUGGGAGACCAACCUGCAGCUCAUUGCGGAUGUGCUCUUGACCAAUGGGAGGCCAGGAAACCCAGUGACAUCACUGCAUUACCCACACAUCCCUGUGCUGGCCUGCAACAUGGACCUGCUGUGGAUGGCAGAAGCCAAAAACCCUCGAUUUGGUCACGGCAUGUUCCUGGUAUGUCUGGAGAGCAUCUAUAAGAAGAUAACAGGCUGCGAGCUGAAGUACGAGGCUCUGAUCGGGAAGCCCAGCGUGGUGACGUACAACUACGCAGAGAUGCUCAUUAGAGAACAGGCGGAGAAACUGGGCUGGACUCGACCUGUCCAGAGACUCUACGCCAUUGGUGACAACCCCAUGGCUGAUAUUUAUGGUGCAAACCUGUACAACCGAUACCUCAAAGCGAUGAACCGCAGUCGUGCGCCACAGGUCCAGGCGCAGGGCGGCGCAGCCAGUCAGAUGACAGCAGAUCUGCACUGUGACGAUGCCAAAUGUUCAGGACAGGUGAUGGUGGGAGGCUCGUUUGAACACCAUCUGCCUGAAGGCUGCAGCUCUAUCCUGGUCUGCACCGGCGUCUACAACCGUGACAGCCAGGACCUGCCGACAGAUCCUCAGGAGACGCUCACAGAGCACAGAAUCUUCCACGGACAUCGAGACUUCCGCUUCGACCCAAGCCUGACCCAGCCAUCCUUCAUUGUCAAUGACGUUCGAGAUGGAGUGGAGCUGGUCUUCCAGCUGGAGGGUUGGCCACUGGAGUAAACCGACUGCUGAAUCUGAAAUCGCCACCCCCCUGAGGGUUUUAAUGAAUCCCUCAGAUUGGUUAGAUUUUCAACUUCUCGCUCAGACCUAUUAUAAUAACAUUUAAAACAGUGUCUAUUAGUAAUGAAACGAAGACUUUUUUGAGUUCUUUCAUGUGGGCAAUUGUUUGUUUAAUCAAAUAUUAUUUUAUUUUGAAACUUAAAAACCGAUUGGUAGGGAUGGCUUAUGGUAAACAAUGUUUUAACAUUGUCUCGAGAUCCCAAACCACAACAGUUUUCGAAACACUGCUCUGAAACGUUUGAAAACACCCAGGUCACGUGACCAAAUCCGUUCAAAGGAUUGGUAAUGUCACAAGCGUUCCGAGACCUGGCGAAUCGGCCUUUGAUUGACAGGGUUGGAAACAAAACUACUAUUUCACUUAGCCUAUUUCACUAUUUCACAUAAUGCAGUGUUUCUCAACCAAAUUCCUGGAGGACCACCAGCUCUGCACAUUUUUCGUGUCUCCUUAAUCAAACACACCUGAUUCAGAUCAUCAGCUCAUUAGCAGAGACUGAAACGAGACAGAUGAAGGAGACAUCCAAAACAUGCAGUGCUGGUGGUCCUCUAGGAACGUGGUUGAGAAACCGUGGACUGUGCGCGGACACAGUGCAACUGCGCUGCGGGCAUCAUAUGAUGUUGUGUGUCUGCUGGGAAUUGUUAGAUUUCGCUGUAUUUGGCUUAAGCGUUCUUGGGUGGUUCGCCAAUAUAUUAGAUGACUCUAAUACAUCAAAUAAGUAAGCUGACCAAAUUUCUUUUGGCUAGAAGACUUUAUUGAAGACAAUGAAUAGUGCAGUUCCUCAACAUCAAUGUUAACUCGUCGGUCUUCAAGUAACUUAACCCAAAGUACUGUCUGUGAGACAGCACUUUACACUAGCAAGAAACAAACCAUUCUGUGUUUACCAAGCUCAGCAGGACCCUCUUAUCAGAUGUUUCAGCUGUUGAUUUGUUUAUACACCUAUCGUAAAAGGGUCGUUUAGUUCACACCUAUCAGUUUGUACGGGGUUGAGGCACAGGUCACCCCCCAAUAUACAGAGAAUUGAUCAAAUAAAAGUUCAUUCAAUGCAACUGAACUAAAAUGCACGUCAUCUUUCAGAAUAAACAGCCAAUAUCUUAAAGGGCACCUAUGGUAAAAAAUCUACUUUUCAAGCUGUUUGGACACAUAUGUGCAUGUAUGGUGUAUAGACCGUCAUAUGGGGGUGAUAUAAGCACACCCAGUGCCUUUUUUUUCAAUUUAACAACAUAAAAAACGGUGGACCAAUUGGAGCUGUUUUCAAAUCGACCGCAACUUUACGUAGGAGUGCGGUCCCCCCGCCCACCAAUAUUGAUUGACA